AUGACUUUUCAAUUCUCACCAAUAAGAUUCUACACAGUAAUGAAGUUCACCAGGGUGUUGAAACAGGCAGAAGAAGUGUUGGUCAAGGCCGCUUCCGGGUACCCCACCGGUAUAGCCGGCUUGUACCAACAUCCCAACCCAAGACCUGCUCUCAUAGCAUUAUAUAACCACACUUUGAAGGUUUUGGAGUCCAAGUAUCCCAAAGAUUCGGUCUACAAACAAUCGGUCGAAGCUUUGACGAAGAACAGACUCAAGAUUGUGGAGCUGGAGGAGAUUACCGAGAAAAUCGAGAGCAAAAUUGGCGGUGGUUUGAUCGAGGAAAUUGUUAUACAAGCCCAUGAAGAGUUGAGUUUGGCACAGCAGUUGGCGGAAAUGAAGUGCUGGGAAGAAUUGGAGGAGAAGCCGUUGGACGACCAAUGGGUUUACUUUCAACGCAAGACGGCGCAGUAG